AUGCUGACUGAUUUUGGAUUGAGCUAUAUUUCGGAUGAGUCGAGACCGAGUGGUGGUGUCAAGGGAGCUGUGCGUUGGAAAGCACCUGAAUGUCUACGUGCCAAAAACCCCAGCGAACCAACCAAAGAGGCAGAUGUGUACUCAUUUGGAAUGUGUGUGAUUGAGGCGGUGACAGACAGAUAUCCGUGGGGCAACUUGCUAGAUUCGGCAGUCAUGCAUCACUUACAGAAGGAAACGUUUCUAAAGCAACCCCCGCAGUUUUCUGAGGCACAGUGGGUGUUUGUAAAGUCCCUGUGUGCUUUUGAUCCACUACGACGUUUGACUAUGGACGCUGCAGUGAAAGAGGUGAAGAACUUCGCGCGCCAAGAAAAGAAGAAAGUCGGGCAUGAGACACCUUUUACCUUCGAACCACAACCAGAGUCGGAAUUGGAGGACAGCGAUGAUUCAGAAUCAGAUUAA